UGCCAACACCACAGCCACCAUUACCACCACCGCCGCCGCCACAAGUUCUACGGCUGCAACGACCAGCACUGGCGUGACGACCGCCACCGUUACGGCAACGUCGACCACCACUACUGCCACCGCAGCAACCACCACCAGCGCCUCCGCUGCCGCAACCACUACCACCACCACUGCACCCACCACGGAGAGCAAUGGCGGUGGCCGAAGCGAAGACAAGGCUGCGCCCUCGGCGGCAGCACCGUCGAGGAGCGGGUCUCCAUGCCAGGCAUCUACGGCCACACCACCUCCAACACAACCUCAGGCCAACGGCCCUAUUGGUGAGGAAGCCAGCAAGCCACCAUGCAUUGUGGACACCAUUAAUGGUUUGAAGACGCCAAUGUUGGAGAAAGUUUCUGAAAGCAGUACAGCUACUUCAACGGAGGGUAAAGGAGGAGGUGGAGGAGAGACUGGACUUCCGUGCAUGGUGUGCCAGUGUCGCUUGGAGAAAAGUGGCCAGUGGCGACCCCUAACCAAGGCAAACUGCCACAUGUACGGUCUCAAGGACACGGACCUGGUGCCGGAUGCGCGUGUGUGCGUCAGCUGUCGGUUCAAGACCGUGCGCCAGCGCAUUGCCCAGUGCCCAAUAGCGACAUGCAAAAGUCCCAAGCGCAAGAUGAAGAGGCUACGGCCACUUCCUGCGAAGUGGGCGGAGUUGGACAAGGACCUCAAGGAGUCUAUCAGCAAGGAACUACAAAUCCCAGCCGGAAUCCAGAAAUGCUGCUCGGCGUGCUUCAACAGGAUAGCGAGAAAGCUGGACCCUCAUCCUCCGUCGGAGGGUAAGGGGAUUGUUCUCGCACUUAUUUUGCUCAUUUUCGUGCCUUCUGUGGGGCCUCGUCUGGCAACUAUAUGAAAAGGCACAGGGCUG